AUGGAUAGUGAGUCGAUUCUUUCUCAGGAAGUAUACCUAUAUCUCCAAUGGGAGAUUGGCACUCCAGCACAAGUGGAUAUAAGGAGACAAACGAGGAAUAUUGAAGAAAUUAUCUUCAAUUCAUGUACAAUUGUAGAACCACCUAUUAGAGGACAUGAUAAUUUUUUCCACGUGUCGACAGGAAGUCAGAGGGAGGGAUUCAAUUUUGAAGAGUCCGAUGUCGAUACUCUCUUCUGGUUGACUGAUCACAAAGUUAUUUUUCACCCGAGACAGGAAAACCUAUACGACAAAGAAACAUUGAUUAUGAUGGAGUAUUGUGGUGAUAGUCCGGGAUCCGCCCUUUUGAAAGUCAGAAAGUUGUCUAGCUGUAGUUUUGUUCGUGAUAGUUAUGUGAAAUUAGAAAACGGAACGUACAUGUCGAGUUUAAAGUACAGGGAAUCCAUCAAAGACAUCAUAGUUAAAAAUUCACGAUUACAUGGACCUUGUUCAAGCUGGCAGUUGACUGAUGGAAUUUGGUAUGACUAUGUUCAUUCACUGAAAUGUGAUAUUCUUCCACAAAUAGCUUCUUCAUGGAUAAAACGUUGUGAAACAAAGGGUUGGCCUGAUUUUACUGUAUUGCAAUAUGCCAGAAAAACAGGCUGUCAUUUUGUUCCCAUUGGUCGUAGAGACUCGCCAAAUAAAGAUUAUGAAUGGCGAAUUUCCUUUAAUCUCAUUGAAUUGAGAUGU